AUGGGAGGAGGCAUCACGUUCCAGCGGAUGCAAAAAGCCGCCGAUGCCAUGUCGGUGGAAGGAGCCUUGGGAGGUGCGAGGUGGAUGGAGAUGGAGGAGGGGAAAGAGGAGAAGUGCUACCCAUGUGCACGGCUCGAUGGACAUAUGAGGCGACCCGUGGGGGAAUUGAUGCUCCUACUAGACUACGACUCCUGCUACUCAUACCAGGUCUACCCGACUACGAAUCAUGCUGGCCUCGCUUGCUUCGCUUGCUUCGCUUGCUUCGCUUGCUUGGCACUGUCAUUUGUCGACACGCCUGUUGGCCUCUACAGCCUGAAGGCUUGUCAGAGUGAUAGAGUACUAAUCUUUGUCGUGUCGCUCAACCCCUUCCCGGUUCAAACCCCCCCCCAGCUAUGCGCGACAGACGUGCUUCCAUGUCUCAUGACUGGCUGCGACCGCAGGAACUCUCCUACAGAGUUGCCCAAAACGCCCAUCAAUUGGUCCGUUACCAACUCUCAUAGCAAUCAGAAAUGGGCCAGUGCCAAUCAGGUUACCCACAUUGAGCGCACAUCGACCGCCGGACACACCUAUCUCCUUGACAUCCCGGAUGUGCACUCCUAUUGGAAGUCAAUGACUACAUGAGAUUCCCAUUGCGCCAUGGCGCCAACGACGGUCCCCCCGCCAUGGUCCCACGAACCUUGUUGCCCCGAUGUCAAGCCUUGCCUAAAUGAUGGAUAUGGAUUGCGACGGCGGCCGACAUCCGACCCUUGGAAGGAAACUUUACGGCCGAGUCUCAGCUCGUCCCUGACUAUUCGCGAGAGGAGUGACGGAGAGAGAGAGGGCGCGAGAAAAAAUUGAGAAAGAGCAGAACCUUGGCACCUACCAGGGACUAGCUAGCAUCCUCUCCACCGAACCUCUCCGAAACGACUUCUAUAAGAGCUUCAUAUCCGCGCCGUCAUGGUGCACGAGCGGAGUGCCUAAGAAGGAACGGAGACAAAAAGACAAAAUUUAAAUUCAAAUCCCUCUUCCAUAGUCACACUAUCUUGUC